AUGAGAUACAGUCGUGCAGAGAGAAUUGUGCGUCUGUCACUUAAGUCUAAGUCUGCCAACCGAAAGGAAUGCACUAGUGUAAAACCUGUUGAAAUGUCUUUUGCUUCACUUACAAAACUAUCUAAAGAAUGUACAUUGUCUCACUACAAAAUAAGACAAAAUUCAACUGUAGAUUCAGCCAAUGAUAUCACAAACGCAGAAGUGAGAACAUUACAGGGGCAGUAUAUUAAAGUUGAGGAUGGAACUGGCAUCUAUAGGCCAUUAAUAGUUGAAAUGGAAGAGUGGCCGAGAAUUUAUUUUAACCGCGAUUCAUCACUUUCCCCAUUUUGUAACCCAAAUGUCAAAAUGAGGCAACUUACCACGGGCAACAGAACGAAAGAGAGAUUAUGUGAACUAUGUAACAUGUAUUACAAUGAUGUACAAAACCAUGUACAUGGCUCCCAACAUCAAGUGAAUGCAAGAAAUGAUAAAUUGUUUGCUGGUAUUGAUGCAAUGAUUGCAGAAAGGCCUUUCAAUUUGUAAGUCACAUUAACCCAUUGAGCCACAGUGCACUCUACUCUUUUUUUACGCCAGACGAUUUUACUCGUCAAUGGGCCGACGCUUUGCAGCUUAUAUAGUGGAUUAAUUAAAUAAAACUUUAUUAUGUUAAAUUUCUCUAUAGGUUCUCCCAAGAAACAUAAACAGGACAGAAUUUUGGAGAUAAUAAAGACGCAUUGUUGCACACACGAUUGUUUAAAAUGCCUAUCAUAUAAAGACAUAAGUGAGGCAAAUAAUAAAUUCAGAUCACUCUCAUCCAUAAUUGAAGAAAGGAACUACAUUCUAAAUUUUCUGCAUGACAAUACAAGUAGUUCACAUAGAAUUGGUUCAGCAGUUAGCCCUACUGCAUGCAAGUUUCAAGUUAAAGGAAAACCAGUAUGUAAACAGGCAUGGGUCCUUAUUAAUGAUAUAAAUCCAAAACGAUUUAAUAGAAUUUGGCAUGACUUUGCCAAUGGCAUACAGCAAUAUAAACAUGGAAACUCUGGUUCAAAGAGACACAGUACAAAGUCAUCAGAAUGCAUAGCAUGGUUAAGUUUCCUAAUCAAUGCAAUUGGUGAUCAGCAGCCUGACAGUGGUAAAGUACAUUUGCCAUCGUGUUUCACAAAAUUGGCCAUAUACCAGAAAAUGUGCAAGGAGCUGGAAUUGGAAGAUAUCGUCAGCAGAUCACAGUUCUACAGCAUUAUGGAGAAAGAAUUCGGCCAUGUUUUAAUACCAAAGGUACAUGUAUAAACAAAAUAUACUAUUGAUCUAAUUAUACUAAGUCUACUAAAUACGAGUCAAGUCAAUACAAGGUUUUAUUUCAGCAAGCAGUAUAACCUGAGUAUCAGGCCCUUAAUAUGUUUUCAUCUCAGGUUACAUUAGCAGUAGAGAAAGACAGUGUAGAGUCUUGAGAUCUACUUUUCUUGAAAAAAAACCUUUCUGUUUCAUUCAUUACAGGAAAACAGGUUCACUAAAUGUGACAGCUGUACCGUUACAAAAAAGACCUUGAAUCCACAACCAACAAAGAAAAAAGAAAAGAAAUUGAGGACCUUCUCCAGAAACAUAUUCAUCUUGUAAUGUAAGUUUUAAACUAAUGUGACCGACUAAUCAAUUUCCUAAUUAAUUGGUGUCCAAAAAUACAGUAAUAUAUAAUUGUGAUCUUUCCAUAAUUAAUGUAUAAUGUUAUUCCUGUCAGUAGACAUUUGUGGGAGUGGCGACAAUACAAAUUUUUGAUGCAAUACCACAGUUGGGUGAGAUCCGGCCGUAAUAGUUAUGUUAACAUACUUGACUUCCAGUAUCAUAAACUUUCUACUGGCUGGUGAAACAGGUCACUAUUUUGCAUAUGACAAUUUGUGUGUUAUUAAAAUCCAAUGACAUUUUGUGAUGUAUACCAAUGAAGCUGUGAGGCACUCGUGUUGGAAAAUGCUGCAGCUUUAACAUCAGGAUCUCACAAAUCCGGUCGUGACAGCAUAGUAUUAAUAGAUAAAUUGCUGUCUAAAUUAAGCGCAAAACUAAAUUACCAUAUAUGAAACUUGUUGUGGAAAGAGAUGUACCAUUUAUAUAAUUUUCACAUUUAGGAAAGAGAGAGAAAAAUACCACCUCCAUCGGUACAAAGCUCGACGAAGUCCUUCACAAUAUUUAACCAUUAUCAGAGUAAAUGGAUCAGAGUAAGGAUGGAUCAGAGUAAAACCAAUGUAAGGAUGGAUCAGAGUAAAACCAAUGUACCAAACCCUCGACGUAUUAGUAAAUCAAUCGCUAACUUGCAAAAGUUACGGACUCAUCUUGUUGGAGCAAUAAUGCACAGUGGGCUGUGCCCCAUGGGAAAGGCCUUUUUUGGUCUUUAUGACAUUUAUCAAUGGAAGCAUGAUGCAAAUUUAACAAUGAAUAUUCUUGUUGUUCUACUGGAAUUAUUCAAUGAUCGCUAUGGGUUACCACCAGUCUUAAACUUACAAUUAGAUAAUUGCUGGCGUGAAAAUAAAAAUAAAUUUGUUUUCACCCUAUUGUGCCUGCUGGUGGAGUGGUCUGUGUUUGACAAGGUGAGACUAAGUUAAUUUAUAUAAUGUAUAUUACAAAUGCACUUCAAUUGUUGCCAAAAGGGUGCUAGACAGACAGACAGACAGACAGACAGACAGACAGACAGACAGACAGACAGACAGACAGACAGACAGACAGACAGACAGACAGACAGACAGACAGACACACUGUAGAUAGACAGUAUUAACAUGGUAUAGGAUAGUUAUUAAUUACAAACGGAAUGUACCGCAUCUAAUUCAUCAAUGCAAUACAAAAGGUUUGUGAACUUCAGGUACAUUAAUUUUCAACAUCAGUUGAAGUUAGAUUAGGGAAACCUAUGAAGUUAAUACUAAUUAAUACACUAACACAAAUUAGUGUUAUGUAUGUUUAUUAAAUAUUUAUAUUUAUAUUAUAAAUCUAUUAGAUUAAGGGAAACUUUUUACCAGUUGGCCACACCCAUGAAGACAUAGAUGCGUUAUUUGGCUGCUAUUCCAAGCAUAUUAGAUUAAAAGACAUCUAUACAGCUGAUGUUUAGUAAUUCUUAAAUUAUUUGACAUCUAUAAUUCCAUGCAACCCUAUUAUUUCACUAACCCACUACAUCACUUCCGUAUGUAUAUCCAAAAUAAGUGACAACUAGGAACAAGCUUAAACCUUUAAGUAACAGCAGGGGAAGAGCGCUGCCACUCAAUGGGCUAAUCAGACCAUCUGCCCUGCAUGCACCCUGUUAACCCUUUAAUGAAGUGACAAUGCACCCUACUUUCUCAUUUUACUAUGCCCAAUGCAACAAUUUAUACAACAACAUUUUUUCAUACAUUUUAUUCUUAUUAAUUCAAUAUAUUAUAGAUUUAUACAAUGCUUUUGAACAAUGCUCCAACAAACCUACUCCAGAGUCAAAAAAAUCUCAGAAAAUGUACAACAUUAGAGAGUGGCUAAGUUCCCACAGCCAUGAUCUUCACGGGCAUGUACAGCCUCAUUGUUUUAAGUUUGUUAAAAGUGAAAAUAAUGAGGCUGUAAUGUACUACAGGAAAUGGACUGGUGAAAAAUGGAUGGGCCCUGUGAAACUAUUAAAGGUCAGUAUAUGAAAAAUAUAAAGAAAUAAAUUUUGUAACCAUUCAACCUUUCAUUGAGGUGGAUUGUACCGGUAUGGAAAUCGAGGACUCUAGCUGGCAACGAGAUUGUUCGCAUGGCUAAUCAAAAUUUGCAAUCAUUUGUGAAUGCAUCAUUUGUUCUUUUGUGAAUUUAUAUCUGUUUUAGUCAGUACCAGAAAACAUGCCAAACCUGCUUGAACCAGAUUUCACAAAAGCUGACAUACCAGCCGUUAAAGCAGACAUCCCAAAGUGGUAUUCCAUAAUGCCACCAUUGGCAAAAGAGUGGUGGGAAACUUAUCUGAGUGAAAUUGGGGAAACUACAUGCCACACCACAGCAGACACGGAUUGGCCACUCUACAAUCUGAAACAUCACUGGCAAAGACCUGCAAGUACAGAUGCUAGUGAAACGGCAGAGAUAUCCCAGAAGCUUAUCCACAAUAGAGAAAAGGAACUUGCACCACUGGAAGAAGUAAAUAUCUAUUCACAUUCUUAUUUAUCUAGUAUAUAAAGUAUAAAAAUAUUUGUCUUAUGGGGGCGACUUGUGAUAGUUAUGCGAUUCAAACUGUUAGCCAAUAUUCUGCCAAAGGUUGCAGGUUGGUUCCUCCAGGUACUCCGAUUUCCUCUGAAGGAGAAUGUUGACAGGGUGGUCUGGGUUUAACCCCUAACUACCCUUCCACUGUAGAGCUCUGUGCUCCGUGAUGGCAAGCAAACACUGCCGUAGCCAGAAUGAUAAUUGGGGGCGGGGGGCACAUAUUCAUAUAUCCGUGUUCACAUACCAUAAAAACAAUUGAUUUCAAACGAAAUUAAUAAAGCAGAACACAAAUAUAUGAAUAUGUGCCCCCCCCUAAUUAUCGUUCCGGCUACGGCACUGCAAGCAAACCUUCAAUCCAGUCGCACAGCUGCAAGUUAGGAUAAUUAGUACACUCCUACUUACUUACUUAUAUUUUACCUUAGAUUUAUACUGGAGCAUAUCAACCAUCUGCUGCUCGAGGUAUUGUACGUGAUGACCAAUAUCUAGGAUCACUUGCUGUCGGUGUGCUUGUUGCAGUUCACAUAAGCAAUUACAAAAAGAAACCAGUUAUUGGGAAGGUAAUAGAGGUUUUCGAUCAUGAAUUUCAAUUGCACUACUGGAAGGGUACCUACAGUACAGCUUGGCAACCGCAUAUGGUAAAGUGUAAUAAGGAGACAAAGCCUUGGACAGACAAUUUGCCAAAACAUUCAGUCAUCAUUUGUGCUUUUGAAUUUGACGAAAACAACAAACUUCUUGAAAACACAAGAAGAUAUUUAAAACGCUGGUAUUGGGAUCAAGCAAAAAGGGUUGAAGAUUCAAAUGCACAAUAAAAUCCUUGUAUAAACUGGUCAAUAUAUGAGUAC